AUGGAGCACAAUACCGAGGAGCCCCCACCACUGCCCGAGGCGGACCUCGACGCCUGGCUGGCCCAGGGGGGCGACGCCGAGGACAGUUCCGACGGCGAGGACGAGUACGCGGCCUGGCUCGACGGCGCGCUGGGCGCGGCGCGGACCCGGCUCCAGCGCGCCAAGGCCGAGGAGCUGCGCUUGGAUCGGCGCCUGAGCGGCGCGGAGGAGUCUGAUUGGAGCCGCUUCGUCCAGCAAAAGAAUGACUUAAUGGAGGACGUGACGAAGGAAGCCCAAAAGGCGCAGGCCGAAGCUAGAGCGAUCAUCGACGCGGCUGAUUUAUUAAGGCCGCCGCCGCCGCCGCCCACGCUCAUGAAAGGCGACUUCCGGCCACCGGCCGAGAUUCAUGACGACGUCCGUCGGGCGCUGGAGGCCUGCGUCCAGGCCGUCGAAUUUAUGAAGGUGGACGUCGUGAAGGCGCCGCGGGGGCCCGACGCCGAGCUGCGGGACGCGGCCGCGGACUUCGUCGUGGCGUUCUGGAGACGACGCUUUUUGUUGAGACCGAAGGGCAGCCUGCUGGAGCUCGAAGAAUGUAGAAGACGCUUUGCCGCGAAGCGCUCGGCGUACGGCGCGUGGCUCGGCGUCGAGGCGCUGUCGGUUGAGUUAAAACGCGAGCGGGCGCUUGCUAAAGAUCGGGAGGACGCGGCCGAGGCCUGUGCCGCGGCGGAGCGCGCCGCCGCGGAGCGCGAGGAGGCGGCGAGGAAAGCGGAGGUGCGACGAAGACAAAUAGAACGCGACGCGGAGGCCGCGGCGCGGGCGGCAAACGACGCGCGGCGCAUGCUCGACCUGCAGGACGCCUGCGACGCCGAGGAGGCCGCCGAGAAUUGCAGAAGGUACCUCCGCAAGCUCAAGCGCGCCAAGGCCACGAGCGCCUACACGACGAUCGCGGCCUUCGUCUCGUUCCGCGCGUGGCGCCGGAAGCGCGCCGCGCGGAAAGCGAAGCGCGAGGCCGAAUCCAUUCAAGAAGCGUGUGCGAUGAAGACGAUGCAUCUCGCAGACGUGGAAUCGCGGAAGCUGGUGGAGUUCUGGCGCGUCGAAGGUAUGAGAGAGCUGCGGGAGCGCAUGCAUAUGCGGGACGCGGAAUUAUAUGCGAAGAACGUUAUUCAGACGAGGGAGCGCGCCCGGCAGGCGGAGGAAAGGCAGCGGGCCGCGCUGCGCGCCGAUGCCGAACUGGCAAAACGCGUCGCCCGCGCGGCCGCCGUCCGCUUGGACAUGCUGGCGCGCCGGCGGGAGCGGUCGCAGGCGGGCGACGCCGCCGUCGCGUGCGCGCGGGCGGCAUUUUCCGCCGCGUCGGAAGCUGUCGGUAGCGUGGCCGGCGUCGCGGCCGUGCGGCGCUCGGCCGAGGCGUCAGAACGAGCCGAGGCCGAGGAGCGGGCGGAAAAGGCCGCCGCCGAAGCGGACGCGCGCGAGGCGGCGCGCGCGGCCGCGGCCGCGCGCGAGGCGACCGACGCCGCAUUAUUAUUGAAAAAUGACCGUCGCGCCGCCGCCGAGGCUGCGGCCGAGGCCAUGGUCCGGGCGUUCCACAACCAAGAUCAGAAGGAUGACGCCGCGCGGCGAAACGCGCGCGCCGUCCUGGACCAGCUGGACCCCGUCGCGCGGCGCCUCGCCGUCGUCGACCCGGCGUGCCUCCAGCGCGCCGCGCGCCUCUUUUCUGGUAAGGUGCCCCUGCGCGCGGACGCGCCGCCGCCGCCGCCUCCUUGCAUCGAGGACGACUGGGCCCGGCGCGCGGCGGCCGUCGUGCCGCCGCCGCCGCCCCGCGUCGACGCGCCCCAGGCCGUGUACGACGACACGCCCGCCGAGCGCUCGGCGCCGGGCCGGGUAUUUGGAGAGGACCAGCUCCACGCGGCCUGCGGCGGCGACUGCACGCGCGUGCCUACGUUAGAUUUGUCCGUCGAGAAGCUCGGCGGCGACCUUUCUUCACUACGAAAGUGCGCCAAGCUCGAGAAGCUCAACUUGAGCGUGAACGAGCUCGAGGCGUUCGACCUCGUCGCGCUGGGCCGGGCGCUGGCGGCGACGCGCGUGCGCACGCUGGCGUUGCGGGACAACCGCCUCGCGGGCGGCCUCGCGAAUUUGAAUAGGCUCAAGCUAACGGCGCUCCAUUUGGACGUGAACCGGCUGACCUCUAUAAAGGCGCUCGGUCUGCGACAACUAAGGGAGCUCUCGGUCUGCGACAACAAGCUGGGGUCGUCGGGCGACGGCGGCCUCAGCCUCGUGUUGCGGUGCGCGCCGUGCCUCGAGGUCCUGCGGGCGGCCGGGAACGCGCUCUCGACCUUCGACUGUCUGGCAAGGGCGCCCAAAUUAAGAGAACUGGAGCUGUCGCGGAACACGUUGGUGGAGUUCGACGGCCACGGCGCGUCGUCGAGCUUCCCGGCGUUAGUGGAUCUGGCGCUGGCGCACAACGCGUUGAGGAGGGCGCCGCGGGGCCUGCGCCUCGCCGGGCUCGAGCGGCUGCGGAUCGGCGGCAACCGCUUCGAGAAGUUGGACGACCUGGCGGCGCAGGAGGCCUGGCUGCCGCGCCUGCAGCGCCUCGACGCGGCCGACGGGGCAAUUACGAACUUGGGCGAGGCCCUGCGGUGCUGCCCCGCGGUGGAGGUGCUGAACCUCGCGCACAACGCCUUCGCGGACUUUGAUACACUGGCCGCCGCGCUGCGCGGCUGCCCGCUGCUGAGGGAUGCGAUGUUCCAGGGCAACCCCCUGCCGAUGGACGCGCUCGCGCGGGCCUGCGCGACGGCCUGGAAGGACAAGCUGGCGUGCGGCGGCGGCGCCGAGCGCGCGGGCGAGCGCGCCGCGGCGUUGGCUGUGUGCGCCGAGGCCGGCGUGCUCAGUCUAAAACGGCUCAACGGCGACGGCGUCGACGCGCUUUGUUUAAGGCAGCUCGCCUGGGCCUAUGAUUCAACGCGCGGCGGUGUUAAUGAUGACGUGACGGGCCGCCUCGGGGCCCUGGCCCGCCUCUUCCCGCGGCCCUGCGACGGCUGCGGCGGGCGGCUGGGCAUCGCGCCGUCGCUGCUCGCGGCGGUGCGCGGCGAGGCCGAGGCCGAGCCGAUCACGUGCCGCAAGUGCGGCGCGGUCUUCGAGCUGCCGCCCUGGCCUGUGUGUGCGGCGCGGCGGUGCGGGCCGCCGGCGGCGGCAAACGCUCAGCUAUCCUCGAAGCGGGACGCGGCCCUCGCGCUGCUGGCCGGCGUCGCGGCGUCGCGGCGGACGCGCAAGACGGACGACUGGACGCCGUGGCGCUGCGUGCGGCUCCUCGACCCGGCCCUGGCCGCGGCGACGGUCCAAGCUCGCGUGAGGCGCCGCCUCGCCAUGAAGCUACGACCGCGGCUCUUCGCGGCGCUCGCCGCAUGUCAAAGCAGACGCGACGCCUCCGUCGCGCGGCUGCAGGCCAUCCACCGCGCCAGGCGCGUGCGCCGCCGCUUCCACCGCGCGCUCGACGGGUGCAUCUACGUCGACGACGACCUCGUGAACUUCAACGAAGGUGUUGAUGUUGACGCUUUUUUGGGAGGCGACGUGGCGCGGGCCUUCGAGGAGGAGGAGGCUCUGCCUUCCUUCGCACGCCAGCCGCGUCUCCAAGUCGGACCGGGCGGAGAUCUCGUUGGUCGGCCGCCGUCCGCCGACGUCGUCCUGCCCGACAUCUUCGCGGGCCGGGGGCAGACGCCGGACCGGGACAUCCUCCGGUCGUCCUCCGCGCCGCACUCCGUUGUUGAAUCCGUCGCGUCCGUGGCGGAGCCGAGGCGCCGCCGCCGCCGCCACCGCCCGCCGCCCGCGCCGAUGCCGACGUCGCAGAUCGCGCGCGACCGCCAGGCGCGGGCGCGGGCGCGGAAGAAGGCGACGCCGGCUUGGGCUUCGAAGCCUGGUGGGUAA